AUGAUUACCAAAUUACAACGUGUUUGUCUUAUCAAACAAUCAAUACCAUGUUUAACUUUUGUUCGUUAUCGUAUGAAUACGCGAAUACCACACACACGUCCAGAUACACUACGUUUUAUGGAAGAAAUUGCGUUACCAAUAAUUCCAAAAAAACUUCCAGAUCCUGUUGAAACAUGUUAUCGUAAUAAAUUAAAACAAAAGAUAAUAUAUGAUCAAGAAGAUAUCACAUUAGUACGUGAAAAAGAAAUAAACAGAGCUAGUUUUGUUAUUGCAUCUGAAUAUGAUCAAUUUCGUGCAAGACGUUUUAAAGAAAUGCUUGAAAAUAGUCGUAUUUUGUUAUUAUGUCAAGAGAUAUCUAUUGUUCCACCAAUUCGUUUUACAAAUAUAAAAAUGCAAUUUAUGAAAAAUGGAUUUGAAUUUUUCCAAUUUCCACGUAUUGUUCCACAUUUAGCUUUAUCGAAUAGUCCACAAUAUGAAAAUUUACUUCCACCCAUUUUAUCAUUCGGUUUUAAUACCAUAUAUUUAUUUCAUCGUGAUGCUAAUUUAUCAAUGACAUUCAAAUUAUUAAAAAAGUAUCGAACAAAUAUUUUACUACUUGGAGGUUUAGUUGAUGGACGACUAUAUAAUCGUGCUGGUUUAGAAGAACUAGUUCAACUACCGACAAUUGAUUAUUUUCAAGGUGAACUAUUAUCUGUAGCACAAGCACCUGGUAGUCGUAUUUUGUCGUUAGCUACGCAUCCAGCACGAUUAUUAAGUCAAUAUUUAGAUACAUAUGUUAAAUCACAAACACCAACAUCAUCAGUUGCACAACAAGAAUUAAAGACUUAG